GAAGCCGCCGACGGCGCGGGCUGCCGGUCCCAGCGCGCAGGAGGCGCGCGGGCGGCGCUGGGGCCAUGGAGCCUGCUGACGCGGCACGCCUCGGCCCGGAGCGGGUGGUUCGGGCGCUGCCACCGCGGCUGCUGCUGCUGCCGCUGCUCCCGCUGCUGCUGGGUCGGGGGCUGCGCGCGGCGGCCUCGGCCUCCUCCUCUGGGGCGGCGGCCGAGGACAGCAGCGCCAUGGAGGAGCUCGCCACGGAGAAGGAGGCGGAGGAGAGCCACCGGCAGGACAGCGUGAGCCUGCUCACCUUCAUCCUGCUGCUCACGCUCACCAUCCUCACCAUCUGGCUCUUCAAGCACCGCCGGGUGCGCUUCCUGCACGAGACCGGGCUGGCCAUGAUCUACGGGCUCAUCGUCGGGGUGAUCCUGAGGUACGGCACCACUGCCACCAGUGGUCACGACAAGUCACUCAGCUGCACUCAGGAAGACAGGGCCUUCAGCACCUUAUUAGUGAAUGUCAGUGGGAAGUUCUUCGAAUACACCCUGAAAGGAGAAAUCAGCCCUGGCAAGGUCAACAGUGUAGAGCAGAACGACAUGCUGAGGAAGGUAACAUUUGAUCCAGAGGUCUUUUUCAACAUUCUGCUGCCUCCAAUUAUUUUCCAUGCUGGAUAUAGUUUAAAGAAGAGACACUUUUUCAGAAACCUUGGGUCUAUUCUGGCCUAUGCGUUCUUGGGGACUGCCGUUUCCUGCUUCAUUAUCGGAAAUCUCAUGUAUGGUGUGGUGAAGCUCAUGAAGAUUGUGGGGCAGCUCUCGGAUAAAUUUUACUACACGGAUUGUCUCUUUUUUGGAGCAGUUAUCUCUGCUACUGACCCAGUGACUGUACUGGCGAUAUUUAAUGAAUUGCAUGCAGAUGUGGACCUUUAUGCACUUCUGUUUGGAGAAAGUGUCCUAAAUGAUGCUGUUGCCAUUGUACUGUCCUCGUCUAUUGUUGCCUACCAGCCAGCGGGGCUGAACACUCACGCCUUUGAUGCUGCUGCCUUUUUUAAGUCAGUUGGCAUUUUUCUAGGUAUAUUUAGUGGCUCUUUUACCAUGGGAGCUGUGACUGGUGUUGUGACUGCUCUAGUGACCAAGUUUACCAAGCUGCACUGCUUCCCCCUGCUGGAGACGGCCCUCUUCUUCCUGAUGUCGUGGAGCACCUUCCUCUUGGCAGAAGCCUGUGGGUUUACCGGCGUUGUAGCUGUCCUUUUCUGUGGAAUCACACAAGCUCAUUACACCUACAACAAUCUGUCGGUGGAAUCAAGAAGUCGAACGAAGCAGCUCUUUGAGGUGUUACACUUCCUGGCAGAGAACUUCAUCUUCUCCUACAUGGGCCUGGCGCUGUUUACCUUCCAGAAGCACGUUUUCAGCCCCGUUUUCAUCAUUGGAGCUUUUGUUGCCAUCUUCCUGGGCAGAGCUGCACACAUCUACCCGCUCUCCUUCUUCCUCAACUUGGGCAGAAGGCACAAGAUUGGCUGGAAUUUUCAACACAUGAUGAUGUUUUCAGGCCUCAGGGGAGCGAUGGCAUUUGCACUGGCCAUCCGAGACACGGCAUCCUACGCUCGCCAGAUGAUGUUCACGACCACCCUCCUCAUUGUCUUCUUCACCGUCUGGAUCAUUGGUGGAGGCACGACGCCCAUGUUGUCAUGGCUUAAUAUAAGAGUUGGCGUCGAGGAGCCCUCCGAAGAGGACCAGAACGAACACCGCUGGCAGUACUUCAGAGUUGGUGUUGAUCCAGAUCAAGACCCACCACCCAACAAUGACAGCUUCCAAGUCUUACAAGGGGAUGGUCCAGAUACUGCCAGAGGAAACCGGACAAAGCAGGAGAGUGCAUGGCUAUUCAGGCUGUGGUACAGCUUUGACCACAAUUACUUGAAGCCCAUCCUCACACACAGUGGCCCCCCAUUAACCACCACUCUCCCAGCCUGGUGUGGCUUGCUCGCUCGAUGUCUCACCAGUCCCCAGGUGUAUGACAACCAAGAGCCGCUGAGAGAGGAAGACUCUGAUUUCAUCCUGACCGAGGGCGACCUCACCUUGACCUACGGGGACAGCACAGUGACUGCGAACGGCUCCUCAGGCUCCCACACGGCCCCCACGAGCGUCGAGGUCAGUCGGAGAACGAAGGGCAGCUCCGAGGAGGUGCUGGAACGAGACCUGGGAAUGGGAGACCAGAAGGUUUCCAGCCGGGGCACCCGCCUGGUGUUUCCCCUGGAGGAUAACGCGUGACUCCCCGCCCCGAGCCCUGAGUGACGGGGUAGGCCCACUGGCGGGGUGAGGAUGGCUGCGAGCUUGAGGUGGGGCCUUGACUGAAUGGAACUAACACUUCUAUUUUAUUGGGGUCUGAAGAUAUCUUCACAUUUAAAUUUUAACCCAAGACGCAGCUGGUGGGGCUGAAGUGUCUCUAAAUCAAGACAGAUGCAGACCUAUUCCCACUUUUUUCACAUAGUAGUGCGCUGUUCAGAGUUAAACAAACAAACUAAUAGCAUGCUUUAAUGCUCUCUUCAUUCAUUCACCUGCAGAUCUGAACAAGGUGUGGCAGGUUGACGAACUCCUGGGGGUUCUUCCCAGGAGAGGCUUCGUAUCCAGACACAGCGAUGCAGGUCUAGCUGGUUGUAGGAAUAGCAAGGGGGGAACAGGCUAGAAAAAGACCGUGAAGGAAGGCAAUUGAGAUUGGACCUCCAAGGAUUGUGAGAGGCUGGUGUUAAACGGGACAGAAAACAUGAAAAAGCAAUUUGAGUGGAGGCUCCCGCAGCUAGGCUGCGUGACUGCACCCUCCCAUCAGGAAUUCCUGCCCUUUUUGGCUACCUGUGUUUCCUCUAGACUGAAGAUUGGAAAAUCUGUCCAUGAACAUUUCAACAUGGGGGAACGAAUUCCAAUUCCUUCUCUGGAAAUCUCCAUAAAGAAGAAGUUACUGAAAUGUUUGAAACCAAAGGCAAAAUAGUGUUAUACUGUUGUUUUUAAUUAAUCUGAGGACAGGAGAAACUGUUUAGAAACUGAUGGUGAUAUCACUGCAAAAAUCAGUCAGUUCUUGAAGGCUCCCAUAUGAGCUGACUGCCUGGAAAACGAUUUAUAGGACUGGAUUCUAUUGUGGGUUUAGAAAUAAGACCACAGUUUGUGGGGUGCAAUUUUGUCUAGGGAAGAGAAGGCAGUAAGAAGCCUAAGAGGGAACAGGCUAGUAUUCAGAGGGAAGAAAUCUCACUGCAAACAAAACUAACUGCAAAGAAAGUACAAGAUAGUAUUCUAAUGACUGAGUAGAAUUCCAAACUUUGAGCUAAUAAAUACAUGAGAUUUCAGUGGCCACAUGGGGAAUCAGAGGCAAGUCAAUGAAAAGUUCAGCAUUAUUCAACUUGAUGGAAGGUUCUGUCUACUAUAGACAGAUUAGGAAUCCAGAUGUCUUGACAUUGAAUGCCAUGUAGAGAAGGGCCAUUUUCUUGGUAUCUGGGGAGGCUUGCACCAGCUUCAUGUGUAAGCGUGGUUUCAAAUUUAGGUUUUUAGUUUGGUUUCUUUGUGGAUGAGCCGCUCCACCUGCCCGCACCUGCAGUAGGUGAAAUACUGAGAGAACUCUUGGAAACCAAGUUUGAGAUUCUCCCCGUGUCUCUAUGCUUCAGUGCUAGUAUAUUUGAAAACCCAGUUUCUAAAAAAUGCUUUCAUAAAAUGUGGCCAUUUUUCUUAUUAUGGCAGACAAAAUAGCGGCCCAGUUCAGUCUAGGACACCCAUAAUGAAGUCAGUCAUUGAAUCUUCUUGACUCGCAUUUUUAAUGGUUAAUCUUUAAAUAAGACAUUACUUGAUACUUUGUUUUUGAAUUGAUAAUUUGUGCAAACCAGGAAAAUUUUAUUAUUAGGUUGAGCCAUAUGAAAUUGCUGACAUUCAACCAUUAAAAAAAAAAUAGAUAUGGCAAUUUCAUAUGGUUCAAUAUAAUAUAAUUGAAUCAUUUUUAUUCCCCUCUUUCCUUCGUAUCUACACUAAAGUCCAUUUUGAUUUUAUGGUCAUCCAUGGGCUUUGUCCUCUUCACUGCAAACAUUUUAUUCUAACCUACUUAAAUAUAAGUAAAUGGAGAUUUGCUAAGACCAAAAGUGAGCUAGGUUUGUAGUUAUGUGGUUGGAUUUUUUAUUCAGUGGAUCAGAGUAAGUCACUGACCCGUGGUCCUAAUUUUUGUUUGCAAGAUGUGGAGAUGAAUCCUGACCUUACCAGGGGUCAUGGGAAGUGAGUCCGCUCAUCAACAUGCUUCCACCUCUCAGAAGCAUCAUGCCUGUGCUGAGUGGCAAAAAAGCAGGGUGCCACGAAGGCCUGAAACCACCUCACUCAAGGCUGAGUAUCUGUUGCCAGUCUGGCAGAAAUCAGAUCGAAACUGCUAAGUAAUGGUGCAUCCAGCUAAAGAAAGUUCCCCUGAGAGAGUAAUCCCAAGUCAUCUUAUAAACAUGUUUGUUCUGGGUUGCGGGGAUGACAGUUCAGUAGUCGAAUGCUCUAGAGCACAGGUUCUCAACCCUGGCUGCACAUUAGGAUUACCUGGCCAGUUUUUUAAAAUAUUGAUGCCAGGGCCCUACCCUCAGAGAUUCAGAUACAGUAGGUUUGGGGUGGGCCCUGGCUGCCAUGCUUUGUUCUGGAGCCUCAAGGAUUCUAAUGCACAGCUAGGGUUGAGAGCCUCUAGUCUAGAACUGGCAGUGGACCCUAUUUGGAACCUUAAAGAAUGGCCUAGCAAAGAACAUUUUAUUUUAGUUGUUAGUCAUGUGGAGCAAACAGUUGUUGAUCAGUUGAUCAGACCGGGCAGCUGUGAGUUUCAUGCUAAUCUUUGCAGAAGUCAAGAAUGUACCUCUUAAAGUACAACCUAAAAUGUCACUUUUGAAAACCUUAGAGCGUGAGAAGGAGAGAUGGGCGACUUGAGUGUAUGUUUGGCGGGGGGGAUUAAAAACCUGUCAUCUUUGCCCCCAUCUGUGGGAAAAAAGGGGUUUUGUCUUAACUGAGCUGCAGACUAAUCAAAUGUGAAGCUUUCUGAGAUGGUAUCUUUGCAGUUUAACCUGAGAUUAUAUUAACAGUCCCCAUUGCAGUCAAGUGAACUUUCUUUCUCUUCACACUUUGCUUGUCCCCAUGCCUGCAUCCACGCUGGACUCCUCAGGAUAAGGAUGGGCCCAUUUAUUGCCUGAGCAGAGGCCCCAUAUUAAGUGGAAAGUUGUGAUCACUUUGCUGUCACGUGGCGGUGGUGUCGGUAGCAGGUAAUUAAGGAGAUGCAAACUUUUGUAUAGCACCGACACAGGAAAGACAAAAGCGCCUGCAAUUCCUUUUCAUACUCUUUUUGGGGACUACAAGGAGAACUGAAGUAAAGAAGGAAAUUUGGAAUUUAAAGAAAUUUUGUAUUUCUUCCUAGGAAACAGGUAUAGGAAGGGCAUAUGUGAUUAAAUGGCCUCUGACCAUCAGGAGUCAGAGUGACCAGAUGAAGCAUUGAUGCCCUGCAGCCCAAAAUCACACUGCGACAUCAAAUGUUUCAUCAAGCAAACAGCAAGGAGCUCUUCAGGCCGUGUUCUCUAGACCUGAAAAUGUCCUUCAUGGUUCUAAAUCUCUUUAGAAAACCUGAAAAAAUGUUAUCUCAGCUAUCCGCGAACAUUUCAGUCUCGGGCAAAGAAGUAAUGGUUCUUUCCAAAACAGAAGUCUGUUUCACGCACACCCCCCCACCCCCCAUCAUAGCUCUCCCUUUCUAUGUCCAGAGUGGAAGUUAACGUUAUCAUGUCAGCUAUUUAAUGUGAACAAAAUGAUUGCUAAAUGUAGAAACACCGCUGAUGCGCUCAGGAGAGGUUGCUGGCAGGGCAAACAAGCAACUCAUCAAAGGGGAAAAUCAUCCGCUUGGAAACCUACCUUGGUACCCAUUGCGAGUUCUAAGAGGUAGAUCAGAAAGCUGAUUUUGCCAUCUGCUGUAAAAUGCAAUCUGGACUGAGAGCAUCUGGAAAGUCAGCUUUCUGAUUCAGUAAGUAUAUGACUCCUUAUUCCACUUCAGAAAUGGGACACUUGACAGGUUUGGUGCCUGCUUUUUGAUGUUGCUUCUGUAGGUGAAUUAGUGUAGGAGCUAGUCUGUCAAAUACAGUAGACUGGUAUCAUUGAAUUCUGAUCCCUUCUGUUGUUUUUUUUAAGUGAGAAUCUGGCUCACCAGUGUCAAUUGCUGCGUUCUGAUACAGUAAAUUGAGGGCAUCUAGUGGCCAAGAGUUAGAGUUUAGAAACGACCCACCUGAAUGCUGCUUUCACCAUGUGGAUACCUCAAAAGACCUUCCCUCGUUCUAAAACCUAAUAAGAACAAUCUACAGAGAAAUAUUCUGGAAACCAAUGCUAGUGUCUAACGAGGAAAAGCAAGUAGGCUCUUUGACAAUCCUUUCAAAACGAGACCUAGAAAGAAACCAUUUUUUUCCAGUUCCAAGUUUCAUAAGCAGAGUUUCUAUAAAUUAACAAACCCAUCUUGUCAACCAGUGCUAGCAGAAAUUGUAAAGAGCAAAACCAAAGUUUUUGAUGUCAGUUUUAUUUUUGUAAGCAGGGUAUAGUCUAACCAUGGCCCACAUGGCGCACACAGGCAGCCAGUUUUCUGCCACAUGAGCCUGGGAAAAGAUGAGAAGGAAGGGCUGCCUGUUCUGCUGCCCUUUGUAAAGGUGUGUAGCAGACAUGAGAGUGCUCGGGAGAGGGAGGGAGAGGUUACCUUCUCAUCCUGAUGGCCACCUUUCCAAAUGGGUCCAUAGAACUGCCACAUGUCAUGGUCAGCUCACCUCUUGGCCAGUGGAAAAUUAUCUGGGCCUGUAUGUGUUGGGGGAACUCAGGUGGAAAAGGACUUGGAAACAGCAUGAAGAACUACAUCUGCUGUCUAAAGCACUUCAAAAAAGUUAAGAUCCCAGUGUUACUGGGUGAGUAUCUAGCUGCAUGGACAUUUGGGGGUUGACUUUAGUUGUGAUUAUUCCAGCUGUGGGCUUUGGAGAAGCAGUGGGAUGAUUUUCAGUCGUGUGGGUGUUAAGUCUAUGGAUUUGGAAUUUGUCACUGAAAUCACUCAUUCCGAAGUAUGACUUCAUGGUAGGGUCACCUCCUAGGUUUUUUAUUUUUUACAUAAAAUACAUCUGGUACUUCUUACUUAGGAAGUUUUACUAUGUCCAUUAAAAUGAUUAAAUGUGAAGGCCACCAAGAUUCAUUUAAUAGCUGAAAAGCAGUUUUUUAAAUAGAAUAGGAUGAAUUUAAUAUGGGCUGAUGUGACCUUCUGGGGAAUUUUUUUUAUAGAGAGCUUACAUACUGUAAUUGGGGAAAUUUUUGUCUUUUACUUCCAUUCAACAGUAGCAAACUGGUGGCUUUAUAAAAUUAACAUAGGAUGUUAUAUAAACAUGUUAUAUAAAAUAAUAUUAAAGUAUGUCUAACUGUGAAAAAGUGAAGACUUGGAGUUAUCAGCAACCUUUAUGUGCAAUAAGAAAAACUGGAGUUAGGCCCCCAAAGUGCUCCCUUUCCCUAGCAUUUUACUUAAUGUUUGCCUUUGUGUAUAUGUUUAGAUUGAUAUUAUAAAGCUAGCUACAUGUUUUCCUGCCCUUUACUGAUAUUUAACACAUUUUUCUCAAAGCUUUUUUUUUUUUUAACAAAACUCAAAAUAAAAAGAUUAACUGGGUGAGCUCAUCUUGUUUUGUAUUUUUAAAACUAUUGUCCGUUAGUAGAAGAAUGCAGUAUGAUCCUGUUCUUAGUCUGUUUCUUUCCCUCACAGAGAGGUUCUGUUCUGGGGGGAAGCUGUUCCUCGCCAACUUCAUUUAGAACAGAGAUUGACAAAUUACGGCAGCCCCUGGACCAAAUCCAGCCUACUACUUGUUUUUGUAAAUAAAGUUUUAUUGGCACACACU